UCUGGCCAUUCCACUGGGAGCUGCCUAGCUAGAGCAGAUGUCUACCAGCCGGAGGUUCGCCUUUGCAAUAUGCAUUUUAGAAAUAAGUCUCCUGAGAGCGGGGCCCACUCCCAGUUAUGACUCAGAGCCCGUGGAAAGCAGUGGCACGUCAUUGCCCAUAGACUGCAAGAUGAGCUCCUGGAGCAGUUGGUCCAACUGUGACCCUUGCCUCAAACAAAUGUUUCGCUCAAGGAGCAUUGAGAACUUUGGACAAUUUAACGGGCAAAAGUGCGUGGACGCUGUAGGAGAUAGACGUCAGUGCGUGCCCACGGAGACCUGCAAUGACCCUGAGGAUGACUGUGAAAAUGACUUUCGAUGCCAUACAGGCACAUGCAUAAAGAGGCGACUUCUGUGUAAUGGUGACAAUGACUGCGGAGAUUUUUCAGAUGAGGAUGACUGUGAAAGUGACCCUCGUCCUCCCUGCCGCAACAAAGUGGUGGAAGAGUCGGAGCUGGCACGGACAGCAGGCUACGGGAUCAACGUCUUAGGGAUGGAUCCCCUCACCACCCCUUUCAACAACGAGUACUACAACGGACUCUGUGACCGAGUUUGGGAUGGCAACAGCUUGACGUACUACCGCAGACCCUGGAACGUGGCUUCCCUGGCCUAUGAAACCAAAGCCGACAAAAAUUUCAGAACUGAAUAUUAUGAUGAAAAGAUGCAAGUAUUCAGAAGUAUCAUCCAAGAGAAGAAAUCAAGUUUUAAUGCAGAUUUAUCUCUAAAAUACACACCUCAUGAAGCAAUUGGACAGCUUGAAAGUACAGAUUCAAAACCUUCUGGCAAAAAAGACUUUCCACGUCUUUCAAAUGCCCAGGGUACCUUUCGAUUUACAUAUUCCAAAAAUGAAUCUUACAAACGGUUGUGGUCAUAUUCUUCGAAGAAGGAAAAAAUAUUUCUGCAUGUAAAAGGAGCCAUUCACCUGGGAAGAUUUGUGAUGAGAACUCGGGACGUCAUGCUGGCAACAACUUUCUUGGAUUCUAUAAAAGCUCUACCAGCUACCUAUGAAAAGGGGGAAUAUUUUGCAUUUUUGGAAACCUAUGGAACCCACUACAGUAGCUCUGGGACUCUAGGAGGACUCUAUGAACUAAUAUAUGUUUUGGAUAAAACUUCCAUGAACCAGAAAGGUGUUGAACUAAGGGAUAUACAGAGAUGCCUCGGGUUUAAUCUGGAUUUAUCUCUGAAUGCUGGAAUUGAAAUCGCAGGAAAUAUUAAUUCAGACAAUUGCUUAAAGAGGAGUGAUGAUAAAAUUCAAAACAUCACGAGUGAAAGCCUCAUCGAUGAUGUUAUUUCAUUCAUAAGAGGAGGAACAAGAAAAUAUGCAACUGAACUGAAAGAGAAGCUUCUCAGAAGAGCCAGGAUGAUUAAUGUGACUGACUUUGUAAAUUGGGCCUCUUCCUUAAAUGAUGCUCCAGUGCUCAUAAAUCAAAAACUGUCUCCGAUAUAUGAUCUGAUUCCAGUGAAAAUAAAAGAUGCACACCUAAAGAAACAAAAUUUGGAAAGAGCCAUUGAAGACUACAUCAAUGAAUUCAGUGUAAGAAAAUGCCAACCGUGCCAAAAUGGAGGGAAUGUGAUUCUGCUGGAUGGACAAUGUUUGUGUUCCUGCCCAUACAAGUUCAAGGGAGUUGCCUGUGAAAUCAGAAAAUAGAAAAGCUAUGAAG